GUUCGGGCGCGCGUGCAUCCGUCUUCCCGACCGACAGCCACGAGUACUCUGCCAUCCGCAACGACAGCAGCAUCCAUGCCGCCCGAUGGAGUAUCGGACGCGAGGGGGAAGUCCACCAUACAAGCUGUUGACUUCUUCCAUGUGCCGCUACAGCGGCGACUUCAGACAAUGGCAGUUGCAUUCUGGGGGUUUCAAAUGGUUAUAUCUGUCUCUGUGUUCUUGUACCUCUGCUCGUUUCCUUCACUAUGGCCGCUGACUAUUAUAUACACUAUAUGGGUAUUUGGAUUUGAUACAAGCCCGCGCAGGGGUGGGAGGGCGUCCAAAUGGUUCCGAAAUUUACCCUUUUGGAAACUAUGGGCUGCGUACUAUCCUCAGACGCUGAUCCGGACUGAAGAACUGCCUCCUGAUCGUCCUUAUGUGUUUGGAUAUCAUCCACAUGGUAUAAUUGGAAUGGGCGCUUUCUGCACCUUUGGGACCAAUGCAACUGGAUUUGAGGAGAACUUCCCGGGUAUUCAGCCGCAUCUGCUCACUCUGACAAACAAUUUUCAUAUUCCGAUAUACCGGGAUAUCCUGUUACAUCUUGGUGUUUGUUCUGUCAGUAAGGCGUCAUGCACCAACAUCCUCAAGAGAGGGGCGGGACAGAGUAUCACGAUUGUCAUCGGAGGGGCGGCCGAGUCGCUGAGCGCGCAUCCCGGAACCGCGGACCUCACCCUUCGUAAACGUCUUGGGUUCAUAAAGAUAGCAAUACAGAAUGGAGCCGAUCUUGUCCCUGUCUUUGCGUUUGGUGAAAAUGAUGUUUUCGAACAACUAAAAAACGAAAAAGGAUCCACGAUUUAUAGCAUCCAAACCAAGUUCCAGAAGCUAUUUGGCUUUACACUCCCUCUUUUUCACGGAAGAGGGCUAUUCACUUAUAAUGUUGGUUUACUUCCUUUCCGGCAUCCCAUCGUAUCAGUAGUCGGACGUCCUGUCAGUGUCAAGCAGAAUCCUAACCCAUCAAAGCAAGAGGUAGAGGAAGUGCAAAAGCGAUACAUAGAGGAACUCUACUGGAUUUGGGAGACUUACAAGAAUGAAUAUGCCAAGGAUCGCACUAGGGAAAUGGUCCUGAUCGCCUGAGUUGUUUAGGACGCUCAAUACAAAACUAGCAUUUUACUUGAACAAUUCUUGCACUUUCUUGACACUACCAGCUGCGAUCAUUCUUCUGUGUACAAUACGUGUUAGAUUUUAUUGCCACUAGAUUAUUUGAGAAAUCCUCCCAAGGCCCUUUCGGUUAAUUGACCAAUCGCCAUAACCAGUUCGUCCGUUCCCCAUUGACCUACAAUGCUUAACCCAACCGGCCAACCGUCAUCACGCGACAUCCCCAUCGGAACACUUAAAGCGGGCACUCCGGCUAGUGAAGCUGGCACAGUGAGCACAUCCUGC